ACCUGUUUCACGCAUAUAGCUGACGUUCACUUAGAUCAAAACAAGGGAAGUAAAAUGGAUACUGGCUUAAGAGAAAGGGAGCACUUGCUCAAUUUAAAAGUGAUGAGGCUGACAAGACCAUCGUUGUUCACAAGUGUUCCCGUGACAAACGAGUCUCAAGAUUUACCAGGGAAUACUUUGGAGGUUGCACACACAGCAGACAUAACAUCUGUAAAGGGACUCAGUAAAUUCGCUUUGGGUGAAUUGUUUGUCUUGCCUCACACAUUUGGAAAUAUCUUCCUUGGCGAAGUAUUUUCAAGUUAUGUCAGUGUUCACAAUGACAGUAACCAACCAGUCAAAGAUAUUGUAAUUAAGACUGACCUCCAGACGUCAUCUCAGAGAUUGAAUUUAUCAGGCACAGCUAACAUGCCAGUGUCUAAACUGGAUCCUGAGGAGAGUUUUGAUCAGGUUAUUCAACAUGAAGUAAAAGAACUUGGGACACAUAUCCUUGUGUGUGCUGUGAAUUAUGCCACUUUAACAGGAGAGAAGAUGUACUUUAGGAAAUUCUUUAAAUUCCAGGUCCUCAAACCUCUUGAUGUGAAAACAAAAUUUUACAAUGCUAUGGGUGAUGAAGUAUUUCUUGAAGCUCAAGUACAAAACAUAACAUCAAGUCCAAUGGUUAUGGAGUCUGUUAGACUAGAGCCAUCAGCAGUGUAUACUGUUACAGAUCUUAACUCUAUUAUGAUUGAUCCUAAACGAGGGGAUGGUGAUGGAGAGGAGAGUAUAACAGAAAGUAUAUUUGGUCAGGGCUCUUACAUGAACCCAAAUGAUACCAGACAAUAUCUGUACAGGCUGGCACCAGUAGCUAACAUGAGCAAAAAUGUCAAGGUAGCUAAUGUUGUUGGCAAGUUGGAUAUCGUGUGGAGAACAGCUUUUGGAGAAAGAGGAAGACUGCAAACUAGUCAACUUCAGAGAGUGGCUCCUCCAGUGUUAGAUAUCAAAAUGAGUGUCGUCCAAAUCCCAGAUGCGGUGUUAGUGGAAAAAAGGUUUCCAGUCAAACUUUCACUAAGAAAUACAUGUGAAAGGAAGAUGGAUCUUAAACUUUUUAUGACAAAAAGUAAAGAUGGUGGACUAAUGUGGUGUGGAACAUCUGGCAAGAGUCUUGGUUUUCUACCCCCUGGAAAUUCAGUGGAACUGCUACUUAACCUCCUUCCACUUGCUGCUGGAUUGCAAAGUGUUGGAGGAUUGCAGAUAGUGGACUGUCUUUCUUCACGUACAUACGAGCUGGAUAACUUGUCCCAAGUGUUUGUUUACUCAUCAGAAGUCUCACCAUUUUUGCACCAGUAUUAAAGGAAUUUAAAAAUUAAGACUGAAAUGUACAUUCGAAAGUGAAUGGUUCAUCAAACAAUAGGAGAAUUUUUAUCUGUAGUCCUACUGAAAGAAAUAAAUGAAACCAAAAAAUA